UAUAUACAACAUUGUUAUAAAACAACCAGUGUUGUAUGUUAUGGUGAAAUGCUAUCAGCAUAGCUUUUAUAACUGGCAGAAUAUUAGCUAAAAAAUAGUUCUAGCAUAGUUUUAAAAUUAAAUCUCAUUUUCCUUCCUAAACAGAAUUGGACUAUAUAAUUUGGUUUAAGUAGAAUAAAUAAACGUGGCGCAACUUUCUUUUAACUCUUACAGCUUGCAUACAUGAAAAAUUGGUGGAGCUAGAGCAAUGGGAGUUGCAGCCUGUUAUUUUUAGGAGUGACUGCGUUGCGCUUCAUUCUUUUUCCAGGGCUGUUCCUGGCUAACUUUCCCAUGAGUUUUUAACCUCUUGCGCCUGUUCUCUGAUGUAACAGGAAACAGGCUGACAGGAACAAACAAAACACAGCAUAUCAGUCGCACACAUAGUAGCACUUGAUUUAGUUAGCCCUGCCUUCGCUCCUCCAAAGUAGACACAUUUGGAGGUUCAGAUGUGCCUCAGCUCUUCUUGAGUUGUUUCCCAGGGAGCAGCGACCCAUUCGAGUUCAGCGAGCAGCACGGAGUUGCAGCAAAUAUGAUCAAACAGAUGCAUUUCUUUUAAAGUUGAAAUUUUGUGGCAGUGCCAUGUCCUGGGAUUGUGGAUUUAAGUAUCUGUUUGCUCUUUCUCCCACCCUUAAGGCAGGGGUUUUGUGCAAGCUUCAGGAAAGAGAUGACAUUGGACGGAUUGAGCUAGUCCAGAAGCUGGCACGAGAAAACUGUCAGUUUUUGCAGGCGGAUAGAAAACAACCAGAGAAGGCUGAACAAGCGGAGGAUGGAGGCGGCGGCGAGCGGGCUCGGGAGGAGGCCGGCGCGGCGCUGGUGCUGCGGAAGGUGUGGUCACGCAGCCCGGCCCCCGAGCGGCGCGGGAGGUACGUGGUGGUGGCGGGGACGCCGGAGAAGAUUUUGGAGCAUCUCCUGAGCGACCUGCACCUGGAAGCGGCGCAGGACAAAGACACCGAAACUCUCCUGGAUGACUUCCUUCUCACAUACACAGUUUUCAUGACGACUGAUGACUUGUGCCAGGCACUUCUGAGGCACUAUUGUGCAAAGAACUAUCAAGGGAAAGAAGAUGACUCUGAUGUAUCCUGUAGGAAACGAAAAGUUUUGCAUUUGGUUUCUCAGUGGACUUCUCUCUACAAAGACUGGUUACACGAAGAUGAGCAUUUAAAACAAUUUUUAAAGACGAUAUACCGGAAUGUGCUAGAUGAUGUGUAUGAAUAUCCCGUUCUUGAGAAGGAACUGAAGGAAUUUCAGAAGAUACUUGGGAUGCAUCGUCGUCACACUGUAGAUGAAUAUUCACCACACCGAAAGAAUAAAACCUUUUUCCACCAGUUCAGUCUAAAGGAGAGCUGGCUGCAACACAGAGGAACCAUGAAUGAAGCAGAAGAAAUGUUCUGCCGUGUGUAUAUAACGGAGCACUCGUACGUCAGCGUGAAAGCUCAAGUAACCACUUCAGCACAGGAGAUACUGAAGAUUAUAGCGGAAAAGAUUCAGUACCCAGAGGAGGAGCUGGCACUGGUUACAGUCACGUUCUCUGGCGAAAAACAUGAACUACAACCAAAUGACUUGGCCAUCUCAAAAUCUUUUGAAUCAUCCAGUCGUAUGUUUGUCUACCGAAAAGAUCUGACUGAUUCUUUGAACCCAUUUGCUGAAAACGAGGAGUUGCAGCAACGGUCUGUGAGAAUUUUGGGAAUCAACACUUGGGAUCUUGCCUUAGAACUAACAAAUUUUGACUGGAGCCUCUUCAACGCAAUUCAUGAGCAAGAGCUCAUAUACUUCACAUUCAGCAGACAGGGCAGUGCUGAAAACACUGAGAAUCUCAGUCUUCUGCUUCAAAGAUGCAACGAGGUCCAGCUUUGGGUUGCCACUGAGAUACUCCUCUGCAGCCAGCUCUGCAAGCGUGUACAGCUGGUCAAAAAGUUCAUCAAGAUUGCUGCCCACUGUAAAGCCCAAAGAAAUCUGAAUUCAUUCUUUGCUAUUGUUAUGGGUCUCAACACUGCGUCUGUCAGCCGGCUGUCUCAGACCUGGGAGAAAAUUCCUGGGAAGUUCAAGAAACUUUUCACUGAACUGGAAAGCUUGACAGACCCUUCUCUGAAUCACAAAGCUUACAGAGACGCAUUCAAGAAAAUGAAAUCUCCAAAAAUUCCCUUCAUGCCCUUACUUCUGAAAGAUGUAACAUUCAUCCAUGAAGGAAAUAAAACAUUUCUGGAUAACCUUGUUAAUUUUGAAAAACUGCACAUGAUUGCAGAUACUGUUCGAUCAUUGAGACAUUGCAGAAAUAACCAGUUUGGCAAUGAAGUUCCUUCGAAAGAGCACCAUGAACUGAAGCCAUACGUCCACCACCUGCAUGUCAUCGACAACCAGCAAGCUCUCUUCGAGCUUUCUCACAGGAUAGAGCCGCGCGUGUGAGCGUACACAGCUUCGUAUAACCUUGUAACUGCAGCACUUUGAAUUAAGUGAAUGUUUAUGCCAAGCAUGUUGCUUCCGUAUAUGAGAACAGUUUACUGAGUUUUAUCAGUAACUCACACAACAUGCACAGGAAAAUCAGGCAGAGCAAGCAAAGAAGCUGCUCACAGAGCUGCAAGGCAAGCUUGGUGCCGUCCCCGCUCGUCACCAAGCGGAGCAGUGUUCUUUGAGCUCAAGAGCUUGGUUUCUGUGAAAAUAUUGUUUGGUCCAGUGUAGCUUUCAAUGCAGAUUCUGCCAGUAUUAGAAAGGAAGUGUCGUGUCACAGCAGCAAACCAUUGCAGCAAGCAACAUGAAGCAAGGGGGUUCGCAAUUCUUCGCAGUGUGUACCUCACUAAUUCAAGGUUGCCAAAAAUACUGUGCAAUCCAGGCAGCUCCCCUGCAUCCACCGGAGCAUUUUGUUCAGGAUAACUGCGGACAGCCAAGGACUGGAACAUAAAAAGGCAGCACACCAUGUGAACUUCAAGAGUGUGUCACAAUUUGGAGGUCAGUAAACAGUUGAUACUAUAAUGGUCCCUUAAGAAUCUGCUUUAUAAAACACACUGUAGGAGCCAAUCCACUUUUGUUGCAGUUUCUGGACACAAUUGUUUGUACACAGAAAAUGUGUUACUUUCUUCCUUUUCAUUUAUCUCAGAUUUAGUACUAGCUUCUGAAGCUAAAGAGUUAUAGACUGUUAUGGCAGGAGCUACUUUUUUUCAGCUUGUAUUACACCCUCCUUUGUGUCAAUUCAGAGGCAAUGCCUAGGCUCACCUACAUUCCUAACUAACCUUCUGGAAACGCUCUGUUUCAGCAGGUAAAAUUUCACCUAACUUGCACAAGCUUCCAGUUCCUAAAGAACAGCACUGUACACCCUUCAGGGUACCGGUGUAACGACCUGCAUACACAUCAGGCUGUCAGCAUUUGGGUCCCUUCCUGCUUCUGUGCACCUCACAUAUUUUCCUUAGCCAAUUUUCAUGUAGUUAAUAGUAGUACUUCUGGGCACAUACUGAGGCAGCAUUUCUAACGUCCUGUCUACAGCUGACCUAAAUCUACACACCACUGUCACCAUAGCUCCGGUUUUCAGCAUGAAGUUACACAAAAUAAUGUGUGCUGCUCUGCCUGGCACUCUCGUUCAUACACAGACUUGCAGUAACAGUCCCUUUGCAGAGCAGGAAGGUGGAUACAUUGCACCACUUUGCCCGUCUCUAUCCUAUGUUUUCCACAUGAGGAAGAUUUCCAAGAAGAUGCUCCUUUACUGAAAUGUGGAUCUACUGAAGUAGCAUGCUCUUCAUCAUUGUGUUAUCUCUGGUUUAAAGGGAUUUUUAAAAGCAGCUUUAAUAAGUAGUCUGUGGGGGAAAUCUGUAGAAUGCAUUCAGUUUUCCCAUCUGUGAAAUAUUGUAUAGAUCUAUUGUAAAGGAAACAGAUGUUUCAGAAAUGUAUUUGCUUGUACUUUGUUAUUAUCAAAUACUAUAUGAUUUUUUUUAAAGAAAAAAAUCUUCUUUUUACCCAGUAAAAAGAAAGAAAAAAUAAACUCUUGCUGGCCAUGGAGUAAAAAUUUCCUAUGUUCUUCUGUAGAUGUGACUGCACAUAUUGUAAAUAAGUCUUUUGUGCAAACAGACCAAAACUGUUCAGAUGAGGAUACUAGCUGCAGUGGACUCCCUUUUUGCAGUGUAAGAACACAAACCAUGGGUUGAAUUUGCUUCUUGUUCUGUUGCAGUUCUUCCUCUGGCUCCAGCACUCCCUGAAUCCCCACCCUAGUUGCAUUACCUGCAUUGUCUGCUGGUUUUUGAGCUCCCCCUUGUGAAAUCUCAUUACUACGACAUUAUUUUUAAGAGCCUGCACGUAGACUUGACUGCAUGCAUUAGCACAUAUGUUAUAAUGUUAUUCCACAAGUUGUUCUGUUGAAAUCUGUGGGAGAGGGAGCAUAAGAAAGUAUUUGCGGUUCACUGCAUUCAGCUCUGUGAUAGUUCUGGUGGUUACUGCUGUUGAAGCAGCAGCAGUGCCAGAGAAGAAUAAAGGAAAUGAAAGAAGGGAGGAAAAAAAUAAAAAAUAUAUAUAAAAAAGACAACUACUCUGGCUUUGAUUUUAAAGUAUGCUAAAGCCAGCUUGAAGGCUCUUCACUGCCAGUUCAAACUGGCUGAAGCAAAUUGUUGGGUAACGUUGUACCUGUGGGCUUCGAGCCAGCCUGAGCAUUUGCUUUCUGCACCACUGUAACUUCAUACUGAAUCGGGUGUUGUCUGUCCCUUACAGCUGGCGUGAAAACAGUUUGAAGGCACAAAGCCAGCACUAAGCAUGUUAUCCAAGUUCUGGCUAACUGGACUAUUUUUUAAAACUUUAAGAACUAGUGUUCAUAGUGGCCUUUAUUAUUUGAAUAUGACUUAAUGGUCUGAGGGGCCGACUUUGGUGCAUCAAUUUCACAUUGAAAAUAUGGGUAUUAAAACUGUUACCUUGAAGGAAAGGCAAGUAGCCCAAAUAAUAUGUCUAACAAACAAAAAGGCCUGUCAAAGUCUUCCUUCAACACCUAAAGUAUUGCAGAGCUGGGCUUCAGACUGGCAGGCACUUUGAAGGUGUGGUGGGAGGAGAAACAAACCCUGUGAAAAUGCCAGGGGCACUACAUAGCCUCUCCUGGGGUCCGGCACAGGUAAAACUGUGAUUUUUAAACUGUUCAUCCUUGCCCAAUAGCACAUUUAUGUUACGUGGAUAAAAUCCAUGAAUCCCGUAAGUUCAGUAUAUCACAGUCACACCUGAGGCUAAAUAUACCGCAUAUUUUCAUGAGUAGCUAGGAAGAGUAAUUAGACAAAACCAAGGAAAAAGCCAGGUCACUCUGUACCUCUGGUGUGUGAUUUUGCUGCAUCAAAUGUAGAUGCUUCCAUUACUUGUUUGAUUCUAGCCCCAUUUCAGAUAGAAGUUAACUGCAUUUGCAUGACACUGGCAAAAAAAUAAAAAUAUAUUGAAACGAUAAGAUAUGUGGCUGUAAAAUUACAAAGAUGUAAAUACUAAACAUUUUAGCAGAGUAAUAUUUAUUUGCAUAGCCUAUUUAUUGUCAUCUUAUUACACUGUUAAGAAAUACUGGGAUCAAGUCAGUGAGCUGAGGUAAGAACACCUGCCUGUUAUGUUCUCUCUGGGUGCCAUAAUGCUGUCAGCUUGCAUUAAAAGUAAUAAAACAGGAAACCCCAAAUCAAGGUAUUUACCUAACUUCUCAGGGACUACAGCUAGUAGUUAUCCACCGCUAUGAGACCUGGUAUGUAUGAAAUAAUCUGAUUUACCAGAAUCAAUGUUGCCAAUGUUUUCCUUUUCAUAUUUCAUGCUUGUCUGCCUCUGUACAUAUUAAUUGUGUUGUGUAUUUAUGAGAGCUAGUAAGCAAUAAUUUAUAUGUCAAAAUGGCCAAGCAAUACAAGGUUAAAACUUGUAGAAGCAACUGUUACAUUUAUCUUGCAUUUUCCAGUGUUUUUUAAUAUUGCUUUUCAAAAUAUAAAAAC